CUUUUCAUUCACACGCUGCCAGUAGUGUGUCCAGCGAUGUCCCUUUACACGAUCCCUGUGUAGAAAUUCGGAUAAACAGAGCGGAGUAUCGGACAGCAGCCACCAGGCAUGGUGGACACAGAAGUAACUUUAAUAUAACAAAUAAGGUAAGUUAAGUCACCCAGAAGAUGCCUCUUCACGGGAAAAUAGUUGUCAUCCGGAGAGGCGGCGGGGAUGGCACUGAAUUUCCCCUCACGGCGGCAUGUCUGUUUGGAAGAAAAAUAGAUUGUGACAUUCGUAUUCAGCUGCCCCAGGUGUCUAAAGAACAUUGCAGGGUUGAGAUAAACGAGAAUAAAGAGGUUGUCUUGACCAAUUUGAGUUCAGUGAACCCCACUUGCAUCAAUGGUGUGCCUAUGCAGCAGUCUGAACGACUGAAGGACGGCGAUGUAUUUACCAUUAUCGAUCGCUCUUUUAGGUUUGAAGCUCCUCCUCCACCCACUCCAAAGAAAAAGAGGGUGUCUACGUCAGGAAAGGGAGAAACUCUUCAGGUUUUACAAGAACAUCAAGGAAGAGAUUCAUCAGCUGAGAAAAAGUCCAUCUCGGCCUCUGACUCCUGUCUGAAAGAUGGAUCCAAAAUUGCCAACUCCAUGGCCCAAACAGUGGAGGCAACCAAGGAGAUGGACACGACCAAAUCCGGCAAAGAUGCCCAGUCCCCUUUCUCUGAGCUGUAUCAGAUGAUCAAGCAAGAUCUGGACCCCAAGUCUCCAUGGAAGAGCUCUGGGGGUCAAGGCAAAACUCCACUGUCCAAGCGUAACUCGCAAAAGCCAGCGAUGCCCAAGGUCUCAGACGAGGAUGCCUCCACACCCGUGGACGUCAAAGGCACUCCGCAGAAGACGAAGACUGCCCUGCCGGUCACACCGGCAGGGAAGGAGGCCGCCUCCGUAGCCACGACGCCCAAGUCGGCGCAGAAGAAACGCAGAUCAGUGGGUCAGCCCGAAGCGGGACCAGAACCAGCUGCGGCAUGCGCGUCGGAACAGCCGGCCGCUGUGGAGGAAACGUCCCAGCAGGCCGAGGCUCCGGCAGCACCGGUGACCCCUGGCACCCCAGGGACGAAGAAGCGCUCGUGCUCCUCACCGGCCCUCCAGUCCCCCAGCACCCCCACUCUGGCCUCGGGGAAGAAGAGCCUGCCGCAGACGCCCCAGAAGUUCAGCGCAGACGAGGUGGUCCAGCAGAUUCUGUCCGACCCCCAGAGCGCUGAGAAGCCCAGCAAGCCUCCAAAGUCUCCCAAGAGAAGGAGCAGCGCCACGGCCACCGCCAAACCGGACCCCUCCCCGGUGGAGGUCACUGCGAGUGCCCCUGCCGAGGCGUCCCAGGAAGUGAAGCAGUCGCCCAGGACCUCCCCCAGGGCCAACGCAGGCCAGAGGCUCAGGGUGCAGGACGUGCUGCAGCAGAUCGAGCUGUCCACGCCAUCAAGGACCAAAGGCGACAAGCCCUCGUCCAGCAAGAAGCGCAAGAGUGGGGACCUCGACGGACCCACCCCACUGGCCAAGAAGAAGCGCGUGUCCUUCGGUGGUCAGCUGAGCCCGGAGCUGUUUGACAAGCGGCUGCCCCCCGACUCCCCACUCCGCCGCGGUGCCACCCCACGCCGCUGCAGCCUGGGCGCCGCACUCGUCCACACGCCCAAGUCUCUGCUCCGCAGGGCCUCCAUGGGCCUCACGCAGAGUCGGAGGCUUGGAGAGACCAUCCUGGAGAGCCCCAAAGCCAAAGCAAGCCCUGUGAAAAAAGCCAAGACUCCCUCGCCGGCAAAGAAAUCUCCCAAAGCCAAGACUCCAUCUCCUAGAAAGCAAGCGGGCACUCCUACCAAGAAGUCGGCUGCCGCCACCACCUCGCCCAAACGUCAGUCUCCUGCCAAGCAGAAGAGUCCCGCAAAAGCAGACCAACAAACCCCCAAAGGCAGGAAGUCUCCUUCCCCCGCCAAAGAGAAGUCCCCAGAGGGCAAAGCCAGUCCUGCCAGUUCUCCUUCCUCAGGUCGGAGGUCACCUAGCCAGACGCCCACUGUGUCGGGCCGCUUCUCCAUCUCCCGCAUCAGCACACCGUCGCCCCAGCCUGAGCGCGCCUCGCCGAACAUCCCCCUGAAGAGGAGGAGCAUCAAGGAGUCCGCCAAGAAGACCUCCAGGAAGAGCCUGGGCAAGGCCACGCUGGACGGCAUCCGCAGACGCAGCGGAGCGUCCAGGGCCAACCUCAAAGUGGUGAAGUCCUUUGCGGAUAUUGUGAAGUUUGGCCAAACCAAAACCCAGACUGAGGUUGCUGCCAAGAAGCCAGCCGCUAAAGUCAAAGUGGCGAAGAAGGCUGUGGCAACAAAACCGAACACCCCAAAACUGAAGACUCCAGCUAGGCGGCUGCAGGAGCACACCAGCACUGGGCAUGCCAACUCCCCUGCCACCAUCGUAGUGGGCAGGGCCCAGCUCAGGGCAACACAGGUGGCAUGCGGCGCCCCGAAGAUGGUGCCUAACGUCGCCCUCGCCAGGAUCGACAUGAAGAUGGACGAGGAUUUCUCAGGGGUUUCAGAUAUCUUUAAAACUCCCGCAAACAACAAGCAAAGAGCAUCUACCAGAAAGAGCGUCAUCCCUGGCACUCCUCUGCUGUCGGCCCCUAUGGCUGAGCUGUGUGUGAUGAAAACUCCGGAGGAAACUGGUGAGAUGGUGGUGUCUCCCCUGAGCGUAGCGUCCACUGCCAAGCGUAGCGGCUACAACAGCGAAGCGGUCAACCGCUUCCUUCAGGACGAACAGGAAGCCAGCUUCGUUGCCGAGGAGACCAGUUUUGUCACCGAGGACACGGUGUCUGCAGGACAAGAUGAACCCUCUGAUGCGUCAGUGACCCAGACACCUGGUCAGAAGGCCGAGCCUGCCGCCGCCACCUGCCUCACCGGAGUCAAGCGCAUCCUCAAGACCCCCAAACAGAAGGCCGAGCCCGUGGAGGACCUGAGAGGCAAGCUGUUCAAGACUCCGCGACAGCCCAAAGCCCCCCAGGAGAUGUGUCUGACCGGCGUGAAGGAGCUGCUCAAGACCCCCAAACAGAAGGCCGCCCCUGUCGAGGACCUGAUGGGCAUCCAGAGGAUUACCAAGACCCCCAGGGAGAAGUGCGACAGCCCGGUGUUGUGUGCGGCCGCCCUGAAGAGGCUGGUGAAGACCCCGAGGCAGAAGGCCGAGCCGGCCGAGGAAGACCUCUCGGGAGUCACGCACCUCCUGAAGACCCCAAAGACGAGAGGAGAGCCCGUCCAGGAGAAGUUUGGCCUCCGCAAGCUCAUGAAGACGCCCAGGCAGAAGGGAGCUGCAGCCGUAGAGGACAUCGGAGGCCUGGAGGAACUAAUGCAGGAACCAGAGGAGCCCGAGGAACUAAUGCAGGAACCAGAGGAGCCCGAAACCCACAUCACAGAGGCUGUUGAGGUCCAGGAGGCUGUGGCUGCUCCAGAGUGUGCUGCUGAGGAGCUGCCCGAGGCCCUUGAAGAGCUGAAUACUGCCACAGAAGAGGACAAGGAGAACGUCUGCCCGGUGGAACAAAUCCCAGCCACUGAUGCCAAGCCCCAGGAGCCGGUCGACGCAGAAGUGAAGAGAGAACUUCUGGCCAAGCGUCUGAGCUCUCCUCUGAGGGAGCUGGUCCAGGAGAGGGCGCCAGAGGCCUCAGAGGAGCUGGUGGAGGCCGACGUUGUCCAGGAGAAGGCACCAGAGGCCUCAGAGGAGCUGGUUGAGGCCGACGUUGUCCAGGAGAAGGCACCAGAGGCCUCAGAGGAGCUGGUGGAGGCCGAGGUCGCCCCCCUUCAGAGCGCCGAGGCCCCAGAGGAAGCCCAGCAGGCUGCAGCCAUCGCUGACCUCGCGCAGGAACCCACGUCCGACGCUGCAGAGGUACCAGACGAGGCUGUUCCAUACGAGCCAGAGCCCCUCGUCCUGGAGGAAGUGGCUACGCCUGCCAGAGGAAGACGUAGAAAGCUGAUGGACGAGGACGCGGCGGCGAACACUCCUCAGGCAAGCCCAGCCAGGGCCACGAGGGGAGGCAGGACGCCCAGACUGCUCCAGCAGGACGCGGUGAAGACCACGCCGAGGAGAGGGAGGGAACCCAAACAGGUGUUGGCCGAGGAGCAGCUCAGUGAGGAGGUGGUGGUUGCCGCAGCUGAAGAGCCAGUCGGAGUAACUGCCCCAGCAGCUGAAGAGGUCAAAUCUGUGGUGGCAGAGGUCACUGAACCCAAACAAGGAGAAACUGUUGAGAUCCUAGAGGCAGUGAGUGCUCCUGAAUGUGCUGCUGAAUCAUCUGAGCUCACGGUUGCAUCAGUGGAGGACCAGGAAGCCAUCGCUCCAGCGGAAGAUGUCCAAGCCAGCGAGGCGGAAUCCACAGAGCCGGCAGCUCUUGCAGAGGGUUCAGCGGAGCCCGGGGAAGCGGAGGCGGCUCCAGUGCAGGCGGGCGACACGCCGGCGACCGACGCCAUCGCUGAAGCCAGUCAGGACCUGCCAGAGCCUGCGCCACAGGAGGCGCCCGCCCCUGCUAAAGGAAGACGAGGACGGAAGCUGGUCGAAGAGGUUCCCGUGGCGAGUCCCUCCAGGGCGAAGAGAGGAAGAGUGCCCAAGAAGUUGCAGGAGGAGGGCGCCGAGGCCAAGCCGAGGAGAGGCCGCAAGGCCAAGCAGGACUCUACAGAGCAGGCGGAGGACCAGGCCAGCGAGGGAGCAGUGGCCGCCGCAUCGGAGCCUGUCGAGGCGCCUGCGCCAGCAGAGGAGGCGGUUGCAUCUCCUGAGCCAGCUGCCGUGUCUGAGGCCGCCGACGCUCAGGAAGAGUCUGCUGUUGCCGUCGCCCCGAAGACCACCAGAGGGCGCCGAGGCAGACAGCCAAAAGCCGCCGCAGCAGUGGAGGAGGUUGCCAUGCCAACUGUCGAGCCUGAGGUCGAGAGCAGCGCCCCGUUUGCCGAGGUCGAAGAACAGGUGGAAGCCAAGGCCGCUCCGGAAAGCGAGCCCAGCACUGAAGCUUCUGAACUUGCGGCAGCUCCGGUUGAAGAACCAGCAAAGCCUGCAGCUGCCAAGCCUGCGCGUGGACGCAGAGGCAAACAGGCCGCUGCCCAAGUGGAAGAAGCCGAAGAAGUUACGGAUAGCGAACCCAAAGCCGAAGUUAACGAGAAGCCCCAGGCUCCUGCUGCCAAGACCGGACGCGGUCGGAGAGGCAAACAGGCCACUGUUGAGGUUCCGGCCGAGACCAAGCCUGACGCCCAGGCUGAAGCAGACCGCACCACUGAAGAGCCGGAGAAGCCCCAAGCUAAGGUCACCAAAGCAGCACGCGGCCGCAAGGCUAAGCAAGCUCCUGUUCAGGUGGAAGACGUGCCGGAGGAAAGUGCGACUGAAACCGCUGCAGAGCCUGUUGGUGCUGCACCUGCCGAGGUGGUAGAGCAGCCAUCACAAGCGGUGGUGAAGUCUGGACGAGGCAGGAGGGCCAAGCAGGCACCUGCUCAGGUAGAGGAGGUCGCUCAGGUAGAGGAGGUUGCUGAGGAAAGCCAGCCUAGUGUUGAGCCUGCUGCUGAGGCCGAGCUUGCUGCUGCUGUAGCUGUCGAAGAACCAGCGAAACCCGUGGCUGCCAAAGCUGCACGUGGCCGUAGAGGCAAGCAGGCGGCUGCCAAAGUGCUGGAGGAGGAGGUGGCCAAGGAAAGCGAACCCGAGGCUGAGGCUGAAGACCAAACCGCAGCCAAAGCUGAGGAGAAGCCCCAGGCUCCUGCUGCCAAGACUGGACGAGGCCGCAGAGGCAAACAGGCUCCUGCUCAGACCAGUGAGGUGGAGGCUGAAGUCCAGCCUGAUGCAGAGCAGAUCGCCGCUGCUGAGGAGCCAGAAGAGAAGCCUCAGAUCAAAGCCGCCCGCUCAGGACGUGGACGCAAGACCAAGCCGGAACCGGAACCAGCGGCAGAGAGCGAGGAGCCCGAGACACCCCAGCCAGAACCUGUUGCAGAACCAGCCGAGGUGACUGAAGAGCAGGCGCCAGCUGUGAAGUCAGGGCGCGGUAGAAAGGCCAAGACUACACCUGCCCAGGUAGAGGCUUCCGAGCCAUUCAUCGGCAACACCGAGGAGACGGUCAGCGACGCUGCCCCCGUCAAGAGAGGAAGAGGUAGAGUCGCCAGAAAGGGGAAGGCUGUGGAGAGCGACCCCAGCACCGGCCAGGCCGCGGACGCUGAACCCACCGAGAGCAAGGUCACCAAGAAGUCUGUUAACUGGAGCACCGAUCUGGUCGAGACCAAGUCGAUUGGAGAUGCUGAGCCCCAUGUGGAGGAGCCUCAGAAAAAGAAGACGAAGCGCGGUCCGUCUGCCCUGCCCGCUGCAGACGCCACUGAGGACUCCUCCGCAGCUGCGGUGGUGAAGCCGGCGCUUAAGGGCAGAGGUGCUGCGAGAGGCCGAGGGCCGAAGAAAACCGCUGAAUCGGUAGCGACAGAGGAGGAGGAGGCCAAGCCAGAGGAUGCUGAGCCUGUUGCCAAGACGACAGCCAGGCGAGGUAGGGUAGCGGCCACAAAGGAGGUUAAGCCUCAGCCAGACGAGGAAGUAGCCGCUCCUGCCCCAAAACGCGGAGCCAAGAGGAAAGAGACGGCCGAAGUGGAGACGGAGGCAGUGGCCGACGCUGCGUCUCCCCCCAAGAGGAGGCGAGGAAAGGCGGCUACACCGGAGGAGCCUCAGGCGCCAGCCCCGGCCACCAAAGGGAAGAGGGGAGCCGCCAAGAAGGCAGAGGAGGCGGCUGAGGCGGUCGCAGAGAGGAGCGAACCCGCCGCUAAGCCCGCCCCCAAAGCCGUCCGGGGGAAGAGGAAAGCGGUAGAGGCUGAGCCCACCCUGGGGGAGGAGCCAGUUUCAGCAGAGGCACCCAAAGCUGAGUCCAGUGGUGCCCGGGCGCGAGGCCGGACGCAGACGAAGGUGGCGGAGACCGCCACCCCGGCCAAGACCGCCACCCAGGCCAGGCGCAUCAGGAGGAAAUGAAGCACUGAGUCCCACAGGCAGCUGUAAAUAAUCCACACACGGGUUUUAAAAACGAUACGCUUUUUUUUAUAUACGUGUAUUUUUUUAACUGGUGAUUAUGUUGACUUACAGAUUAUUUUUUUCGGUUUGUUUUCCUGUUGUGCUGGUGCAUAGAUUAUUAUUAGAACUUUUCAGACUAAUAUAUCUAUAUAUAUGGACCUUUUUGUACCUUUUUGAUGUAUUUUAUUGUGAGUGGUAGAUUUAGAUUUCCCUAAUUGUUUACAAAAAGUGUGUAUUUAGGACAAGGAAAAAAAACUUCAGGGCAAAUUGACUUCAUAUUGUCACAAAAUGUUUGCUUUACUUGAACCAAUAGCUAAAAUGUUUUAAAAAUGUCCAGAUGUUCCAUUUUAAAUUAAAUUUCAAAUGGAAAAGAGAAAUUAAAAUUGAGGAGUGAAAAUGAAUUGACAUGCCAACCAUGUGGAACGGUUUUACCCCAGCUGGCACAAGCAGAUUUGAACGUUUCAAAUGUAAAUAUUUACUGUUAAGGCAUCUAUACCUGGUUCAACCAUUGCAACCCUCUUGCAAAAUCCAUUUCACCAAUAAAGUCAUUAUAAUUCCUCA